AUGCGCGGUCGGAAAAGGAGGAAAGAUCAAAAACGAUUACUGACUUUAUGGAGCAGACCGAUAUGUGGACACUGUACGGACUACAAAGUAGACUGCUUCUAUGGCGGAACAAAGAAGGAAGCGAUCGCGAAGAGACUGCAUGACCUUGAGAUCCGGGUCAAAACAUAUACGACACUCCUUCAAGGCCUUCAUCGGUUUGCGGACACCAGUAGUCAGCUUGCCAUCCAAAACGCUCUGGCUUCGAAUCUCGAUUGUUCGAUUUCACCAGCGUUGGCCGCCUAUUCCGUUCCACCUGGACUCCGUGGCCCCGCUUCCGUUUCUGAUACCGAGUCGGAAACGUCGCCCGAGUUUAUCGCAUCCCCUUCUCGAGACGCCGUCGCGGACGGUUAUGACGGCAAUGCUAACGACCUACUCGGCUAUAUGGGGAAAGGAAGCGGGAUCGCGCUGCUUCGCCGAGUAGAGUGGGAACUCAGCAAUGAUAAACAGACUAUAAUUAGACCGACCACAAGAGAGAAGAGGUCGUUUCUCACCCCACGUCAAGGCAGCGCAUAUCAUCUUGACACCGAUGUUUCCCAAUGGACGGAUCAGAUCGACCCUUUCUUCGUCCCGAGCAAACCAACAGCCCAUAAACUAAUCUCGGUUUACCUCACGACCGUCCAUCCCCUGUUUCCCAUCAUAUGGAAGCAGUCCCUCGUCGAUGAUGUCGAAAAGAUCUAUGGAUUUAUCAUGAAUCCAACCAUCUCGAUGGCAAACUGCAAUUGGACCACGCUCAACCUAGUAUUCGCCAUCGGUCAGACCUUCGUAAGCCUUUUAGGAGAAGACGAGCCAGGGGACAUCGACCAUACCAACUAUUUCAUGAGAGCUCGGGUCCUGGGAGCCUUGGAUGGAGUUUCUGGGAUCGCAACAGCCACUUUGGAGCAGUUGCAAGCUUGGGCCUUGACCAGUAUGUAUUUACUGGCGAGCCAACAUACGAACAAAGCCUGGAACAUCACUGGUCUGGCUGUUCGAAUGGCGUACGGAAUAGGACUGCAUGUUAAGCUAGAUUCUCCGGACGUAGCCAUCUUCGAACAAGAGUUGCGUCUGCGUGUAUGGCACUCCCUCUGCUAUCUCGACUCGGUGCUGUACCUGGCCACAGGACGGCCGUCCGCCAUCCAGGAACGUGCGUGCAACGCUCCAGUCCCGCGAAUGCUCCGAACAACUACCGUCGGAGGGCCAGAAGAGAUCGAUCCUACAACACCAGAUCCAUACAUGGUGGCUUGCACGAGCCUGUCGGCAAUCACGGCGGAGACCAUGGCACGCCUGUACUCGCCCCGAUCAGAGUUCCAAGGAGGCGACAAUCUGGAAAACCUGCGUAGGGAUAUCGAACUGCUCGAUUGCUUCCUCCAGAGACUGAACGGCUUGACUGAUUCCCAAAACUUCCUGGAACAGAGAAUCGACCUUGCACUUCGCUACCACAACACGAUGAUGGUCCUGAAUCGCCCGUGUCUUCGUCGGCCAGAUCACGAUCGAUACCUGGGAAUCCCACCGACGUUCAAGGAAUUCGUCAAAGAAUCAGCCGUCAGCUGCCUCGAGUCGGCUCACCAGAUAAUCACCCUAAUCGUGCACGGACUUGCAGCCGAUCCGACCAAUCCGAUGAGAUUGGGCCCCUGGUGGUGUAUCCUACACACUGCGGUGUCCGCCGCAGCGGUGAUCCUGUUGGAGUUGGCGUACCGCGCCGCACACGUCCCCGAGCAUUGCGAUGCCAUGUUCGACGACGCCUCCAACCUGAUCUCGUGGCUAGAUGCCAUAUCGUUUCAGGGGAAGAACGAAGGUGCAGAAAGGUGUUGCGACGAGUUAUCGGAACUCUUGAGACAGAUUGCUCCUCGGGUGAACCGCCGGUUCGAAGGUCCAGUGAACGGUCAACGCCGAAGAAGUAAGGCUGCUGCUGCCUCUUCGCAGGGUUCGCAACUGCAGGAUGGCCGCAUCGGUGACAGUGAUGUGCUGAAGCAAUACUUUCCCGCGCCGAAUUUCCUGCAUGAGCCGGGAAGCUCGGGCUAUCUGCCGCCAUUUACUAAAGGUUGA